AUGGAUUCUAUUUUAGGAAAAGACCUUACUAAUAAUACUAUUGGACGUUAAUUUAAAUUAAUAAAGAAAAUAGGAUCGGGAGCUUUUGGAGAAAUAUAUUUGGUAUAAUCAUAAUCUAAAUCUGAAUUUGCAAUGAAACUGGAAAGAAGUGAUAACAAACAUCCUUAAAUCUUAUUUGAAGCUAAAUUAUACAAUUAUCUUUAAGGUUAAGAUUAAUAUGAUAAAGGUAAUUUUUUUAUGUAAUUCAAAGGAAGGCAUUCCAAAAAUUCAUGAUUAAGGAACUGACGGUGAUUAUAAUUACAUCGUCAUGGAUCUUUUAGGAUAAUCUCUAGAAGAGUUGUUCAAUAAGAAUCAUAGGAAAUUAUCACUUAAAUCAGUUCUUAUGCUUGCAGAUUAGUUAAUUUAAAGAAUUGAAUACAUUCACUCAAAAUAAUUUAUACAUCGAGAUAUUAAACCUGAUAAUUUCUUAGUAGGAGUAGGAAGUAAAAGUUCAAGACUUUAUGUUGUUGAUUUUGGUUUAGCAAAGAGAUAUAUAACUAAAGAAGGACAUAUAACUUAUAAAGAAGGAAAAAGUUUAACUGGAACUGCUAGAUAUGCAUCUAUUAAUACUCAUGUAGGUUUAGAAUAAUCAAGAAGAGAUGAUUUAGAAUCUCUUGGUUAUGUGUUAAUGUAUUUAUUAAGAGGACAAUUACCAUGGUAAAAUAUGAAAGCUGCUAAUCAAAAAGAUAAAUAUAAAAAAAUUAUGGAAAAAAAAUAAGAAACUACUCCUGAAUAACUUUGUAAGGGAUAUCCAAAUGAAUUGACUCAAUAUUUAUAGUAUUGUAGAGCUUUAAAAUUUGAAGACAAACCUGAUUAUAAUUAUUUAAGAAAUCUUUUUAAAGUAAUUUUUAUUCUUUAUUUGUUAUUAUUUUAGGAAGCAUUUAGAAAACAAGGCUUUGAAUGGGAUUAUAAAUUUGAAUGGAUUUAAGAAGAAAUUACAAAAGAAGAAAAAUUCUUAGGAACUGCAGCUGAUCCUAAAAAAACAGCAGAGAUACCUACUAACAUAAAAUAAAUUAAUUUACAAACAAUACGAACUCCUUUACUUAUGCAAUAUUAAUCAAGGUUAUCAUAAUAAGCAUCUUAAGAAAAAAAACGUAAUUCUUCUUAUUCUAAAAAUAAUAAUUUAAAUAGAUAAAUGACUGGACUACUUGCACCUAAAAUUAAUAACAAUAAAGAUCGAACUAGAAAAUAUUGA